AUGAGUAUAAUUUCUGAACAAUCACGCGGAGAUCAUGGUGACGCGCGAUCCGUACAAUCGUUAGCAGUUGAAAGUGUGCGACGAGUUUCACCGACUCAAAGUCAAUUGACGCAACAACGAUCUUCUUCUCAAGUCGAUAAUAUUGAUCGUAGCGGACGUAGCGAACGUCAUCGUAUUCAACGAAGUAGUUCAUCAUCAAGUACGCGCAGUGCAUCAACAGCUGGUGCUCGCCGAAUCAGCGGUCGAGCAGAUGGACCAGUUGUUGCUGGUUCCUACCAACAAUAUUCCGCUGAAAGUGGUUAUUCUUACGGAGGAAAUGGUGGCAACGGAAACGGACAAAACGGAGGUUCUUCCAAUGGACUCUACGGUGCGGCGGGUGCCUCAUACGAAGGAAGCAGUGGUUCAAUGGGCUGUCCACCAGCCGGUGAAGGACAACGACGACCAGGUCGUCAUCGUCGUCAAGUUAUUCGUUGUCCCGAACAACCUGCCGGACCACCACGUCAAAUACGUCGUCGUCUUCCAACUCCUGAACCAGACACAUUAGAACGAGUUUACAUCCAACGUACAGCUGCCGAAUGUAUAGAAGAAAUUACUGAAAUUCCAACUACCCCACCACCACGUCUCCAAGAACGAACAGUUGUCGAACCAGCUGGCCCACCUCAAGUAGUUAAACGUGUAGUUCGCGUACCACCGCGAAGUGGUUCAGGUCCUGCUCAACAACCAAAUCCACCGCCAGGUUGUGGAGGUGCACCUGAAUUGACCGGCACUCAAAGCUAUGGCAACAUUCCACAGGCUGCCAACGGUGCCAUACAGCCAGCUGGUGCCAGUUAUUCGGGCGGAUACAGUGCAGGAGCGACCAGCAGUGCUAGUUACGGUUCAGCUAGUGGUGGUUACAGUACUGGCGGAGCUGAUUACAGUUCAGCAUCAGCUAGUUAUGGUGCACCAAAUGCUAAUUAUGGUGCUGGUUAUCCUGCUGUUCCCACCGGUGCCUUUGGUGCUUCUUCUGGUGCAUACGGUGCUGCCCCUCCUGUUGGUGCCUACGGUGCUACUCCUAGUAGCGCGUAUGGCCCUACCCCUACUAGUGCAUAUGGUACUGCUGGUGCUGGCUUCGGUGCCGCUGGUUAUGGUGCAGCUGGUGCUGGCUAUCCUCCUACUCCUGCACAAGCUCAACCACGUAUACCGCCACAUGCUAUCUGUUUCACUGUUGGUGGUGACGGUCGUUCUCAGCCGAUGCCACCCAUGGGUUGUCAUGCUGCCUACUGUUUUUAUGUUUAA